AUGGCGGACCCACCCCCGGGAGGGCCCGAACCCCCUCCCACAAAUACUCAACGAGGGGCAGCGCUUUUCACGCUCGAAAACUUCGAACCGUCGAUUGUGCCUCGCAAGAGAAGGAGCCCUCGGCAUGGAAAUGAAAUCACCACAGUGGCACGCUCGAACCCCGAGUUUACCAGCACCGAAGACAAUAAUGGGCGGGUGACGACCAAGGAGGUCCGGCAGCUCAUAGACAGCCUGAAGUUAAUCAUCAAUCGCCAAACCGUGCUCAUCGAAUCCACCAAGGCCGAGAUCGAAGAGGUUAAGCAUGACCAGAAUGUCCUUCGUGAACAGAACGAGAAGCUCCACGAGGAAGUCAGAGCACUGAGAGCUCAAAUCGAAACCACCGCACAAGCGGCCCCGCCCAGAUCGUGGGCUACGGUAGCGGCUAAUACCAGCAAUACCUCCCCGCAGCCAAACUACGAUCACACCAACAAAGACCAAAACUGCGUCCGUAUUAGCACCCAGCGAACCUUUGUGGACCCGACAGAUAACGACAAUAGCAAUGGAAACACCUUUGGCCGCUAUCUCCCCACAGACGCCGCCAAUACCCAUAUCCGUACAGCGCUGCUCAACGCCCCAUCGACCCAAGACGCCCAGGUAGCUGGAAUCGGCACCACUAAGACGGGUUAUGUGAUUCGGUUCAAGGACCCAGUGUCGGCCGAAGCGGCCCGCAACAACACCGAAUGGUUGAACGAGCUAGGAAACAGCACGAAGCUGGUGAAACCGCGAUUCGGCGUUGUCGUGCACCGCACCCCAACAGAGGACUUUGACCUGGAGAAUGCGAACACUCAGGCUAUUGAGAAGAUUAUGGAAGAUAACGACCUGGUGGAACGAGGCUUCCACAUAGAAGAAGUGGCAUGGCUCAAAAGGAAGGAUAAGGUUCUAGGAAAGUUUGCCUCGCUUGGUAUCUGGUUCGACUCUGCAGAUGGAGCCGAAUACAUCCUCAACAACGGCCUGGUACGUGGUCAUGCAAGGAAACAGCUCGAUGCGGACACUGCGCAGGCCCGCACGAGCGACAACGAUGCCCACCGGGCGUCCGCGCCCGAUGCCUCGAUUGCACAGGCGAACACCUAA